UCCUGUUGUCGAGUAUAAAGUAACAUAAAAUGGAAUUACUCAAGUAAAAAAUACCUCAAAAGUUCAGUACUUAAUCUACUUAAUUACUUUCGUCCACUACUCUGUAUAAGUCAUUAAUUAAACAAACACUGACCACAUGUCUGUAUCCUGUUGGUAAUUAUAGAAAUAUUUCUGGGUCACUCUCUACAUCACCCCCAUCCAUCAACUCCUCCUGGAUACAAUUUUGCAUAAUGUGUCAGAUCCCUGUGAGGCGUCCACAGUUCUGAGUAAGAUGAUGACACAGGGGGAUAAUCAGCCACCAGCACGUGCAGAAUGCAGGUAGGUGUGUCUGAUGCUACGUGUCUCCAGUCCAGCUCCAGUCACACCAACGUGAAGGAUUCCAGCUCUGACCUCUGCUGCUCCUAUCCUUGAAGGGGCCUUCAGAGCUCUGUGUGUGGUUCAGUCAAGCAGUCCAGCAACCAGUUCUCUGGGGAAGGUGGUAGGUUGAUGGGGGACAUCCAGAGGCUGCCGGAGGGCAGAAGCCGACUGCGCCGACUCUCCCGGACCCCUUGUCCAGACCAGGGACCACCAAGGAAGUCACGCAAGAAGCUCCAAGUUAUCAUCUGUGUACUGCUUGUGGAGCUGUGUGAAAGAUUCACUUUCUUUGGGAUUGUAUGCAACAUGAUUCUCUUCUGCACUGUGAAGCUGGGCUAUGAUAACUACCUGGCUGCGACAGUCAACCUGUGCUUCAUAGGAGCCAGCACCCUGACCCCCGUUCUGGUUCGGUGGUUCUCAGAAACCUGCUUGGGAAGGAGCAAGGUGCUCUACUUGUGUGCUUUCCUUCAUUUCUUUGGCACAGCCAUGCUGCCGGUGGUGGCGUUCCCAUUUGAAGAUUUCUACAUAGACACUCAUCACAUGACGCACCAGCUGGAGCAUCGGGAGCAACAGAUCUUGUUCUACACCGGCCUCCUGGCUGCUGCGCUGGGCAUUGGCGGCAUCCGGGCCAUCCUCUGUCCCAUGGGGGCCUACAGCCUACAAACCUACAAUCAGCAUCAGCUCCUGUCCUUCUUCAACUGGUUCUACUGGCUGGUCAACUUGAAUUCUACCGUGGUGUUUCUGGGCAUUGCUUACAUCCAGCAGUCUGUGGCCAAAAAUCUGGCCUUCCUCAUCCCCUUCACCUCUGUGCUGCUUGCUCUAAUCGCCAUACACAUGAUGCGGAACAAACUCACCUAUAAACCCAAUAGAGGUGGAUUGUUACUGACCACACUGGGAGUUUUCCUGAACUCUCUCAAGAUGUGCUGCCUCCACUAUCGCCAUCUGAGUGGAGAUGUAACAUCUUGGCUGGACCGGGCCAAGGAGAACAAUGGUGGCCGUUACAGCGAAACACAUGUAGAGAACGUCAAAGUCCUGGCCAAGCUCUUCCCUCUUCACGGGCUUCAGCUGCUGUACAGAGCCUGCGUCACACAGAUUCCCUCAGGUUACUACAUACAGACGAUGAACUCAAACCUCCAUCUGAAUGACCUCCUGUUGCCCAUCGGUGCCAUGAAUGUGAUCAGCAUCCUACCUCUGCUGCUCUUAGCCCCGCUGAUCGAGUGUGUGAUGACUUGCUACCUCUCCAUGGAAAAAACUCCUCUGGCACCUGCAAAAGUCAUCACUCUGGGCCAUGCGUGUGCCACUCUGUCAGUCCUGGUGGCAGGUUUGUCUGAGCUAUAUAGGAAGACAUACCCUCUGGUGGAGCAGACUCUGUCUGGAAAAGUUCUGCAAGUGUCGGCCAUGCCGUGUUUCCAGCUGGCUCCUCAGUACAUCCUACUCGGUCUCGCAGAGGCUCUCGUCACCCCUGCAUGUUCCCUGAUUUCUUUCCAGCUGACCCCGAGCCACAUCAGAGGGAUCUCCCUGCACUUCCUCACUCUGUCCUAUGGAGGGGGCUGCUUCCUCGGAGCUUUCAUUAUUCAGCUGGUGUACUUCAUCUCUGGAGGUAACUUCUACCCAAACACACUGCAUGAUGGGAAUCUUGAGAGAUUCUUCUUCCUCCUGGCCACACUGAUGGCUAUAAACACCCUUGUCUGUUGGAGGGUAUCUUACAGGUACAUAGACCUGAGUGUGCAGGGUAAAGCAGUAACCAUCAGCCCUCUGACUGAGAAACUGCUGCAUUACAAGGCCUGUCUGCGCUUCUACGACACUGUGGAUCGCUCCUACACAAACACCUCCAUUGAAUCUAUUUUAUGACUGUCUUUAUUGUGAUCUUUGUCAGCGGUGCUGGCGUGCAUGUCAUGUCAAAAUCUCAAACUCGGGAAAUUGUGGGCUGAAUUGUAUGAAAUACAUGGAAUUUAAAUAUUUUUGUUGUUUUUAUAGUAACUGCAUAUACCAUUUCACUUACUGAAUGUCCUAUUAUGUUCUUCUUCUUUUGUAGCAUGGGCUGUGAUUUAUGUAAAUAAUAGCAGAAAUGAUAAAUUAUAGACAUAUCAAUAGCAAAGCUUCCUUUAUUUGAGUUGAUUAAAUUAAAGUAAAGUCAGUCGAC